UAUUCAGGGGUACUGUAUAUACAAUCUGGGUCAGCUGCAGCUGGUUACUGCAUUUCUCCAUGUGGCAGACAGAGCAAAGCCACAACGCUUUCUCUGCUGGAUUAAAGAAGGCCCACAGACCAGAACUUCAACUAUACUACUUAAAAUUACAUAGGUGGCUUGUCAAAUUCAAUUGAUUAGUAUUGUAAAAGGAAAAAGAAGUUCCUUCUUACAGCUUGGAUUCAACGGUCCAAAACAAAAAUGCAGCUGCCAUUAAAGUCACAGAUGAACAAACUUCUACACUGAUUUUUAAAAUCAAGAAUAAGGGCAGCAAGUUUCUGGAUUCACUGUAUCAACAGAUAACAAAAAGCUGGCAAUAUAGCAACUAUGAAGAGAAAAGCUACUAAUAAAAUUAACCCAACGCAUAGAAGACUUUUUUUUUCUCUUCUAAAAACAACUAAGUAAAGACUUAGAUUUAAACACAUCAUUUUACAACCUCAUUUCAAAAUGAAGGCUUUUACCUGGACCCUAGGUGUGCUAUUCUUCCUACUAGUGGACGCUGGACAUUGCAGAGGUGGACAGUUAAAAAUUAAAAAAAUAAACCAGAGAAGAUACCCUCGUGCCACAGAUGGUAAAGAGGAAACAAAGAAAUGUGCAUACACAUUCCUGGUACCUGAACAAAGAAUAACAGGGCCAAUCUGUGUCAACACCAAGGGGCAAGAUGCAAGUACCAUUAAAGACAUGAUCACCAGGAUGGACCUUGAAAACCUGAAGGAUGUGCUCUCCAGGCAGAAGCGGGAGAUAGAUGUUCUGCAACUGGUGGUGGAUGUAGAUGGAAACAUUGUGAAUGAGGUAAAGCUGCUGAGAAAGGAAAGCCGUAACAUGAAUUCUCGUGUUACUCAACUCUACAUGCAACUAUUACAUGAGAUUAUCCGUAAGAGGGAUAAUUCACUUGAACUUUCCCAACUGGAAAACAAAAUCCUCAAUGUCACCACAGAAAUGUUGAAGAUGGCAACAAGAUACAGGGAACUAGAGGUGAAAUACGCUUCCUUGACUGAUCUUGUCAAUAACCAAUCUGUGAUGAUCACUUUGUUGGAAGAACAGUGCUUGAGGAUAUUUUCCCGACAAGACACCCAUGUGUCUCCCCCACUUGUCCAGGUGGUGCCACAACAUAUUCCUAACAGCCAUCAGUAUACUCCUGGUCUGCUGGGAGGUAACGAGAUUCAGAGGGAUCCAGGUUAUCCCAGAGAUUUAAUGCCACUACCUGAUCUGGCAACUUCUCCCACCAAAAGCCCUUUCAAGAUACCACCGGUAACUUUCAUCAAUGAAGGACCAUUCAAAGACUGUCAGCAAGCAAAAGAAGCUGGGCAUUCGGUCAGUGGGAUUUAUAUGAUUAAACCUGAAAACAGCAAUGGACCAAUGCAGUUAUGGUGUGAAAACACUUUGGAUCCUGGGGGUUGGACUGUUAUUCAGAAAAGAACAGAUGGCUCUGUCAACUUCUUCAGAAAUUGGGAAAAUUAUAAGAAAGGGUUUGGUAACAUUGACGGAGAAUAUUGGCUUGGACUGGAAAAUAUCUAUAUGCUUAGCAAUCAAGAUAAUUACAAGUUAUUGAUUGAAUUAGAAGACUGGAGUGAUAAAAAAGUCUAUGCAGAAUACAGCAGCUUUCGUCUGGAACCUGAAAGUGAAUUCUAUAGACUGCGCCUGGGAACUUACCAGGGAAAUGCAGGGGAUUCUAUGAUGUGGCAUAAUGGUAAACAAUUCACCACACUAGACAGAGAUAAAGAUAUGUAUGCAGGAAACUGCGCCCACUUUCAUAAAGGAGGCUGGUGGUACAAUGCCUGUGCACAUUCUAACCUAAAUGGAGUAUGGUACAGAGGAGGCCAUUACAGAAGCAAGCACCAAGAUGGAAUUUUCUGGGCCGAAUACAGAGGCGGGUCAUACUCCUUAAGAGCAGUUCAGAUGAUGAUCAAGCCUAUUGACUGAAGAGAGACAGUCGCCAAUUUAAAUGACACAGAACUUCGUACUUUUCAGUUCUUAAAAAUGUAAAUGUUACAUGUAUAUUACUUGGCACAAUUUAUUUCUACACAUAAAGUUUUUAAAAUGAAUUUCACUGUAACUAUAAAAGGGAAUCUAUAAAUGUAGUUUCAUCUGUUGUCAAUUACUGCAGAAAAUUAUGUGUAUCCACAUCCUAGUUAUUUUAAAAAUUAUGUUGACUAAAUACAAAAUUUGUUUUCUAAAAUGUAAAUAUUUGCCACAAUGUAAAACAAAUCUAAGCUAUAUUUUAAAUCAUAAAUAACAUGUUCAAGAUACUUAACAAUUUAUUUAAAAUCUAAGAUUGCUCUAACGUCUAGUGAAAAAAAUAUUUUUAAAAUUUCAGCCAAAUAAUGCAUUUUAUUUAUAAAAAUACAGACAGAAGAUUAGGGAGAAACCUCUAGUUUUGCCAAUAGAAAAUGCUUCUUCCAUUGAAUAAAAGUUAUUUCAAAUGAA